ACCUACAAGCUGCCGCACCGGCUGAUCGAGAAGAAGAGGCGCGACAGGAUCAACGAGUGCAUCGCGCAGCUGAAGGACCUGCUGCCCGAGCACCUCAAGCUGACGACUCUAGGUCACCUGGAGAAGGCUGUGGUUCUGGAGCUCACCUUGAAGCACGUGAAGGCACUGACCAAUCUCAUCGAGCAGCAGCAGCAGAAGAUCAUCGCUUUGCAGAACGGUUUGCAGGCAGGUGACCUGUCAUCGAGAAACCUUGAUUCCAGCCAGGAAAUGUUUCGAUCCGGUUUCCAGAUGUGUGCCAAGGAAAUGCUGCAAUACCUGGCAAAGCACGAGAACGGCAAGGAGCUGAAGUCGUCGCAGCUGGUCAGCCACCUGCACCGGAUGGCCAGCGAGGUGCUGCAGGGCGGGGCCGCCCGCAAGGCCGGGGACAUCCCUCCCAAACUGGUGGACUUGAAGGAGAAGCCGGCGCCCCUGGGCGCGGCGGGCGAGGGCCACGGGAAGAACUGCGUGCCCGUGAUCCAGCGGACAUUCGCUCACUCCAGCGGGGAGCAGAGCGGCAGCGACACGGACACGGACAGCGGGUACGGGGGAGAGCUGGAGAAAAGUGACUCCAAAUCGGAACAGCCCUAUUUCAAAAAGGAUACCGACCUCAAAUACGCUGUCCAGGAGAGAAUAAGCUCUAUUAAGCAAGAGACUGAGGACCCGCCUGCCAAAAGGAGCAGGCUGGAGUCGCCGCAGGACGAGGGCCCUUUUGGCAGUGACAUGAUGGGCUCUUCCAGCAGCUUCCUGGGCCCUCACGCUCACCAGCCUCCCCUGUGCCUGCCUUUCUACCUGAUCCCGCCGUCCGCCACCGCCUACCUGCCCAUGCUGGAGAAGUGCUGGUACCCGGCCUCGGUGCCCGUGCUGUACCCCAGCCUGCCGGCCUCUGCCGCGGCGCUGACGGGCUUCAUGAACCCCGACAAAAUCUCCCCCCCUCUGCUGAUGCCCCAGAGACUCCCUUCUCCUGUACCGGCCCAUUCCCCCAUCGACUCCUCGGCUCUGCUUCAAGCUUUGAAGCAGAUUCCUCCUUUGAACUUGGAAACCAAAGACUGAGCGCAGUGUGACUGGUUUUUCUCUUUCUUUUUUCUUUUUUUUUGGUUUUUUUUUAGUUUGAGAGACUGUUUCACUUUUAUAUAUUGGCUGGACUGAGGUGUGGGGACGAGGUUCACUGUGCGUAGGAAGCUAAAUUCCCUUUUCUCUGACCUGUCAGGUAGCUUGGAGAAGGAUGAAGGAUGCGCCCAGGUUAGCGAUUGACAACUACUUCCAAAAGAUUAAUGAAGGGUUUAAGAAGGGGUUUGUGCUUUACCCCUUCCCUUCUUCCCUCUCCAUAUCUACAGAGCAACAGUUGACUUGGUCAGCUGCGAAUCUAUUGCAAAGCUGUGAAGAAAUAUUCCAUUGGUCAGACCUGGUUGGAGGGUCUGCGGAUAUAAAAUACAUAAAUAUAACCCACGGUACUUCCCUGAGCGGUGCUGAAGGCAACGGCCCCGCUGGCUCAUUGGAGCUGGGCUGGUGUCUGAGGGACCCCGAGCGUGGGGUGGUGGUGGUGGCAAUGCCACCAUGAGAACAGGAGCAGGACAGUGCUCACUGCAGGGGCAGCAGUGUCACCAGGAUGAGCAGGGCAGUGGUCACUGGUAGUGGUGGCAAUGCCACUGUGAGUGCAGGAGGAGCAGGGCAGUGGUCACUGUGGGGUGGUGGCAAUGCCACUGUGAGUGCAGGAGGAGCAGGGCAGUGGUCACUGCGGGAUGGUGGCAAUGCCACUGUGAGAGCAGGAGGAGCAGGGCAGUGGUCACUGGUAGUGGUGGCAGUGGUGGCAAUGCCACCAGGAGAGCAGGGCAGCGGUCACUGCCUGGUCACACACAGGUCAGGCAGACCUAAGACGGGUUUCUCUCCACACCUUUGCUGAUACAUAGAUAUUUUUUAACAAAUAAAAGGUAGCUGCUGCUUGGA